AAUCUGCAGUCUCCAGAAUGAGUCGCCUGCAGACCUCACAUUUUUAUAGCAUAAUUGCCUUACAUCAAAUGUCAAAUGCCUUGGCCGUGGGGGAAUGAACUAAAGAUUUGAUUGACAUUGACCUUGUCUCCUCUUGAAUAAUUAUUAUGAUCGGUUUAGACAUUAGUGCCUCCCAUUUUCAUGAUUUAUGCAUCGUCUUCUACCGCGCUGUGCACUGCCCGCUGCCAGUCAGAGGUUGCACCGGUAGGCGUGCUAGCGCUCCAUACGUACUGCGGCUGUGGAUCAUAUGACUUUUUCUUAUGAAUCGGUCCAGUCCUACACUUGAUAUAUUUCCUGGGGUUAAAUUACCGGCGGCGAUGAAAUAGGUAACUACGCAGUGUCGCGCGCUGCAUGAACAAGUAGAGUGUUCUUUUUUGUUUUUGUUUAUCUGUAUAUCCUUUCUUAUAUUAUGGGUGAAUUUUUAUUGGAAAUAGAAAGUCGAUAGACAUAUCAGUUUAAUAUAUUUGGCUAGACGGUGUAGACUAUUUAUUCGCUCUGUGACGGUAGUGGACUAUUGAUAACGUCAACUGUAGCUAGCAAUUUCGCUUGAGGAUCUCAAAGAAACCGGCUACGGGUAUUUGCUGCAACUGAUGCGAACUGGCUAGUGUCAGGCUGGAGAGACAAAGUUAAGCAAGGUUAUACACCUGCGUAGCCUGCUGUCUACUCAUGGUUUCUGUGUGGUAGCCGUGGCGAUCUGCUGCUGUAACUAUGUUUAGGAACAGCUUGAAGAUGCUGCUGACAGGCGGCAAGGCCAAUCGCAAGAACCGCAACGGCAGCAGUGAUGGAGGGAAUGAGGACCUGGCAGACCCCCGUUCGCCCAAUCUAGAGAACCACCCCCACCUGAGCCACACCGGUCAAAGUGGCAGUAUAGACAGUGACUGUGCCUUUGAGGGUGACUAUGCCCUGCCACCUCUGUCUAUGACCGACGGCAUGCAGCACAUCCGCAUCAUGGAGGGCGUGUCACGCUCCCUGCCCUCCUCCCCGCUGCUCACACACCAGACCAUCAGCGUCCGGCUGCAGCCCGCCAAGAAGCUCACAGGUACACGCAACACCCCCACAGCAGAACUCCCAUAGGCCAAGCAGUGGGGCUGUCUGAUUAACCAACCAACCAAUGUCACUCAUUCGUGUUGGAAUGUCGUGUGAGGAAAUUCAAAACAGCCAGUUACAUGAUGGUAACUGUGAAGUGGGAUGCUUAUGUCAAUGAUCACUGAUGCCGGUCAACAAAAUCUAUAAAUGAUCAACCACAGCCCUCCCAGGUCAAGGCCCACGAAGAAUCACUCCAGCCUUACCUAAUAGCUGGGUUGGGAUGCCAGGUCAAGACCCACUAAGAAUCACUCCAGCCUUACCUAAUAGCUGGGUUGGGAUGCCAGGUCAAGACCCACUAAGAAUCACUCCAGCCUUACCUAAUAGCUGGGUUGGGAUACCAGAUCAAGGCCCACUAAGAAUCACUCCAGCCUUACCUAAUAGCUGGGUUGGGAUGCCAGGUCAAGACCCACUAAGAAUCACUCCAGCCUUACCUAAUAACAUCAUACACAAUGAUUCAUUUGUCUAUACUGGGCCUGUUAAAAACUGUGUCAUCUUCACUGGGGUUGCUGCUUGCUACUGCUGGACGAGAAGACUUUGUGUUGUUGGUGACAGGAGCCAGGAGAGGUGGGGUUGGAUUGGAGGAAAUGGGGCCUGAAAAUGUGAUUUCAUAGCAAGCUAAUCUUCUGCUGCCAAAUCUCUUUCUGUCAAUUCAAUUUAAGGGCUUUUUGGCAUGGGAAACAUAUGUUUACAUUGCCAAAGCAAGUGAAACAGGCCUCUCUCAAUAGCAAGGCUAUGCUUACUACAGUCUCUACAGAGUCAAAGCUUUCCCUAAUUUUGGGUCAGUCACACUGGUCGGAUAUUCUGCCACUGUGUACUCUCUGUUUAGAGCCAACUAGCAUUUUAGUUUGCUCUAAAUUCUUUCCAAUGUGUCAAGUAAUUAUCUUCUUGUUUUUCAUGAUUUGGUUGGGUCUAAUUGUGUUGUUGUCCUGGGUCUCUCUCUAUCUUUCUCUUCCUCCCUCUUUCGUGCAGAACAUUCUGCCUAAUUUACUGACAGCACUUUCAUCUGCUUGAAUCAAAAGGAAUUCUGGGAGCUUCAUUGUGUUUGCCGUUAUCUUGAUGAUGGUUGUCUCAUAGAGGAACGCUGUUGUUAGUAUUGUUAAAGAAUAGCUUGAUUAAUGACCCAGACACGGUUCUCAUUCUCCCUUAGUUCUGCAUGUCUUUAUC